AUGUUUCUUGUGCUUCUUUUCACACUCGCUGCCCUGAUUGCAGGCAUCUCAUACAUGAUCAAUCAAAAACGCAAGCCUCUUCUUGAUAUCCCAUCACAGGGUCGCGUUGUCGUUGUUAGUGGAGCAGCAGGUGGCUUCGGAUCACUGACAUGCAAAGAAUUACUUGACAAGUGGCAAUGUAGAGUGAUCGCCAUUGACAUCAACAAACAAUUCCUUGAAGAUAAAUUUAAAACAGAAUUAUCAUCGGAAAAGAUUGCAUCACGUCUACAAUUAAUCGAAUGCGAUAUUACCCAAGUGGAUCAUGUCGAAAGAGCAGCAAAAGAAAUUCGCCAAACACUCUCGAAUUGGAAUGCCGACUCGAUCUUCGCACUCGUCAACAAUGCAGGAAUUGCCAAUGGCAUCAGUACCAAAAAACGAUGCGGAAUUGUCGAACACACUGAAGAUGAAUUACAACAAGUGUUUGGUGUGAAUUUAUUUGGGCAUGUCAGAAUGUUAAGAGAGUUGUAUCCACACAUGACCAAAACUCACAGCAAGAAAGAUCAUUCCUCUCCAUAUGGAUCCAUUGUUAUUAAUAUUGCAAGUGUUGCUGGCCUUGUUGCACCACCAUUCUUUGGAUUUUACACAAGUUCUAAAUUUGCUAUGGUUGGAUUGAGCGAUUCUUUGAGACGUGAAUUCAAAGCAGUGAAUAAUGGAAUGAGAUUGACUUGUGUGGAACCUGGCUUUUCUAGAACCAAUAUUUUAAAUUUGAAACCAUUUGAUGAGAAUUCUGAAUAUUAUGACAUUGCCGUCAAGAAACAACAAGAAGCGAAACGACUCCUUGAUAAUGCUCAAGAUCCAUCUCAUGUCUCAAGUGCCAUUUGUCAACAAAUAUUUUCAUCCAAUAAUGUACCUCAUUUGGUGAUUGAUCAUUGGUACAUGAAAAUUGUAUGGCAUUUGUUCAAAAUGUUUGGUUUGGAUACUUUUUUGUAA